AUGCCAUUCCGAAGGUCCAAGGCCUGCGUCAAUUGCCGUAGAGCCAAAGCACGAUGCUCAUUGGCGAAACCUUGUUCACGAUGUGCCGACCGGCGCCUCGAGUGCCAUUAUAUCAUCGCGUACCCUCCACGCCCCGUAAACCGCUGGCCUGAGGGAUUCCGGCCUAUUAAGCCGGCAGAUACCCUCCCCAGAGCCCAAGGACCGCUCAUUACGAGUGAUGCAGCCGGCGCUGAACUGUUCGCUCCAUCACAAACUGGGGAUAUGCUCACUUCACCUCACUGCAAUGUGCUGCUUGAGCAAACCAAGAGAACUGCGUCAACCGUCGCUGGACCAUGCAACCAGAUACCGGACUUGCCUGUAUGUUCAGGGGAGGUGACUCAGUAUUCAGAUGUUUCCUUUCUAUUUGACACUUCUCUCCCAGCCGACUGGACAUUACAGUCCCCGGGCUUGUCCUUCGACGACUUACUAUCAUCCCCUCGACUUGGGAACUCUGACAUCAAUACACCGACGAUGAUACCUAAUACUCAAGAUCGGACUGCAAAUGCUGUUGAUCUCACUACUCUCACUUCAAUGCAAUCAACAACGACCGGCAUCAAAGCCCUCGGACCACAGCUCUCUCAGCGUACUCGAUCUCUCCAACAGGGCUCUUUGACCGCCCGGAUGAUUUUCAGUCGGCUGGCUGAAUAUUCACGUAUGAUGGCUGAUCCUACAACUUUACCUCCAUUUAUCCAUCCACCGUGCUGUCUUAGCUAUGAUUGUGACGAUUGUCGUCCAGACUCGCCUCACCAAUGCUUGCCGGAAGCCUUAGCAGUCUGCGCCAAUCUCACCCAUAUGUUCUAUUCUCGUCUGCCUGGAAGUCAAGUAUUUGUGUGGAAACAAAUCUACGCCCACCUACAGCAAAUGCGUAAAGAGGUAAGAGCCUCUCACUGA